UCAUGGCGGCUUUACAGUGAAGUUCAAAGGUCCAGACUCUUGUAGGUGUUCAUAAACGCCCAUCUGUUUAAUCCGGCAGUGCGAGGAGCCACUGAUCUAUACUGUAGUCUCAUUUUUUAUUUUAUUUGAGCACAUUUACAAACGCAAUGGCGCAAGUACAAGUAAACAAUGUGACUGUUUCUCAGGGGGUUCGUAUGCUGUUCAGUCUGAUGACUCCUAAUGAAUCCUCGUUCGCGACUGUUCAAGAGGUGCCGAAAUAUGUUAAUCAGGCCACACCAUAUUUCUCUGGUUUGAUAUUAUUGGAGAUCGUGUUGGGAUGGUUAAAGACAGAUGGCCCUCGCAUCAAGAUAAACGACUUCAUCACGUCUUUGUCUGCAGGCAUGAUGUCCCGUCUGCCUCAGCUUGUGAUGAGAAGUUUGGAACUGUCAGCUUAUAUUUAUGUCUGGAACAACUUCCGUUUAUUGGAGCUUCCCUGGGAUUCAGCUUGGACGUGGUGGCUUGCGUUUCUUGGUGUGGACAUGGGAUACUACUGGUUCCAUCGGUUUGCCCACGAGUUAAACAUCCUGUGGGCUGCCCAUCAGGUUCACCACAGUUCUGAAUACUACAAUCUGUCGACAGCACUACGCCAGUCUGUCACCCAGCAGUUUUCCUCAUGGGCGUUUUACCUUCCGUUGGCGCUGAUGGUCCCUCCGUCAGUUUUUGCAGUGCACGUACAGUUUAACCUGCUCUAUCAGUUCUGGAUUCAUACUGAGCUGGUCAAAGAUCUUGGACCUCUGGAGUGGAUCCUAAAUACUCCCAGCCACCACAGAGUUCAUCAUGGGCGAAAUCCAUAUUGCAUCGAUAAGAAUUAUGCAGGAAUUCUGAUCAUAUGGGACAGGAUGUUUGGUACAUUCGCUCCUGAAAGUGAUAAGGUUGUCUAUGGGCUCACACACCCAAUCAGCACGUUUCAAAUCUGGACUGUUGAGUUCCUUUAUUACCCAUACCUAUGGCAGAGGUUCUGGGAAGCUGAAGGAAUUUCAAAUAAGCUGUCCGUCAUUUUUAAAGGGCCAGGCUGGACUCCAGGAAAACCAAGACUGGGAGACAUCGCUGAUAUACCCCAGAUUACAGGAGAGGAAAUGCCUCACGAUCCAACAUGGUCCCCUGCGAUGCAAGCCUAUGUGCUUGUACAGUUCCUUCUUUUGCUGGAUGUAUAUAACAACUUAUUAAAAGAUCAAACGAUACUUUCUGAGAUGACUGCACUUCUUUUGACUGGCUACGUAUUACUUUCUCUAACUUCUUUGGGCUUCCUGAUCGAUCAGAGGGCUAAUGCAGCUGAAAUGGAGAUGCUGAGAUGUGUUUUGAUAAUGGCUCUUCAACAGUUUGGCUACAUUAAACCUCUGGUGCCUCUGUUGGCUUUUCCGAUUGAAGCCUUUGUCUUAAUCGCUGCAGUCUACUGGAGUCUACAGUGUGUGAACCAGCGAAUCAACAGGAUGAAGAAACAAAACUAGAUAAGACAUCAACAGCAAACAACCUCAUACUGACACAUUACACACAAACUGUUUACGAUUCAGUGUCCCGCAUUAGUGACACCUUCCAUACAUUUACCAGUGAGAUUUGUCCUUUUAACUUUACCAGAAAACUGCUGCUCUCACAAACUCUUCACACUUUAGUUUGGCAUUGAAGAGAUGCUAUAAAAAUAUCUUGAGUUAAGAUAUUGUAAAGACAAUAUGAUUCGUAGUUCUCAGAAUGGUACUAACCAGCUUAAAACUAACUUUUAACAUGUGGUAGAUUAAAUACAAAAGGUACCUACUAACUGUAGCUUUAUCUGCAUGCAUACCAUUAUUUGAAAUGUAUCAAAUAAUACAAGUA